AUGCCUUAUCACAACAGUACACAGUUCCAUCCUUCUUCCUUUUUUCUGAUGGGGAUUCCAGGGUUGAAAGAAGCACACAUUUGGAUUGGCUUCCCCUUCUUUGCAGUGUAUCUAAUAGCCCUCCUGGGGAAUAUCAUUAUCCUAUUUGUGAUCAAGACUGAACGCAGCCUACAUCAGCCCAUGUUUUACUUCCUUGCCAUGCUGGCCUUCACUGACCUUGGUCUGUCUACAGCCACCAUCCCUAAAAUGCUGGGGAUUUUCUGGUUCAAUCUCACAGAGAUCAUGUUUGGUGCUUGUAUCACACAGAUGUACAUCAUUCAUAUGUGCACUAGUUUGGAGUCUGUGGUGCUGACCGUCAUGGCCAUAGAUCGGUAUGUUGCUAUCUGUAACCCACUGAGAUACAGCGUAAUCCUCACUAAUAAAGUGGUAGCCAUCCUGGGCAUACUCAGUGUAGUCAGGACAUUGAUGUUUAUGACUCCAUUCAUAUUUCUCAUCCUGAGAUUGCCCUUUUGUGGUGUCCGAAUUAUUCCCCACACCUACUGUGAACACAUGGGUUUGGCAAAGUUGGCUUGUGCAAGUAUUAAAAUCAAUGUCAUUUAUGGCUUGGUUGCUUUUUCAGUGGGGUACAUUGAUCUUUCUGUCAUUGGGUUUUCCUAUAUUAAAAUCCUUCGAGCAGUCUUCCGCCUACCAUCCUGGGAUGCCCGGUUCAAAGCACUCAGCACAUGUGGGUCCCAUGUUUGUGUCAUGUUAGCUUUUUAUUUGCCAGCCUUUUUCUCCUUCAUGACACACCGUUUUGGCCACAGUAUUCCUCAUUAUAUUCACAUACUUGUAGCCAAUUUGUAUGUAGUUGUUCCACCUGCCCUUAACCCUGUAAUUUAUGGCAUAAGGACCAAACAGAUAAGAGAACGGGUGCUAGGGAUGCUUAACUCUAAGACUGACUGA